AUGCAGAGAUGGACCCGAGACUGGCAAGAGGAUGGACGUGAUCAGGGUAGUCUGUUCGAUACGCAAGAUUGUCGUGCUUGCAGCACCAGUCGCAUCAACGGCAGCACAAUUCUCUCGGCUUCGGAGUCAUGGGCUAGGUUGAACCACAGCUUUCGAUACUUGCAGCAUAUUACUGCGCCGAAAGUGUACAACAGUCCGUGGUCAACACAUUUUGCUCAUACAGCUUUCCUCCAGUCCGAUUCUGCAGUUCCGGACGAAGCACGCAAGUUCAUUCCGGAGCCUGUCUACCCUGCCAGUCGAUUCGAAGCAUCUCCAGACUUGAAAUCAGCAGCGCAGCGAUUCGACGUCCCGUCUUGGCUGUCGAUCAUCACAUCAGCACAAGGCAUUACGGAUCUCCGCAAUCUGCAGCAAAACUCGGCUCGUCGAUCGACUAUCAACCUUCACAACCUGCAGAGCUACAGACUCGAUGCUGCGGACAGCUUCGACUUCGGCUACAGGAAAAUGACUAUAGAAUUUCGUCAGCAUGCCGGAACACUACAGUCUCAGGAGACACUUUCUUGGCUGAGAGUUCUUGCGAGUCUCUUCCAAUACGCCCACGACAAUAGGGAACCUGACAUACCGAAGCUGUGCCUGAACAACUGGGCCGACCCGAGCAUGGACAGCAUAGACUUCCUCAUGAUGGUCGGAGUCGAUGCCGGCACGAUCAAGCACUAUGAACACGUCUUGGGCGUGUCCGUUUCCCAAACAUACGCUGACUGCAUUCGACGGGAAGAACAAGCCGCAGUGUCGAGGGACUCAUGGGACCAAUAUCUCACGCCUGUUGCCCUGGAAUUGAUUGAGACACGCACGGCGGGUAUAUCCCCGUGGAAUGUCACUUCGGUCAUUCGAGAGAAGUUUGCUCGCGGAGGUUACGGCCAGUUUCCUGCAUGCUAUCUGGCGGACAUGAGGCUUCACAAAGCCGCUGUGGACAUCUUGACGGUCGGAACUCGUCCUUCUUGGGCAACAUUGCCAUCCAGGGAUUCAGCCAUCGAUCUCCGUGCAAGUUUGUUUGAUUCAGUCAGAAAGUGA